GGUCGUGGGGAUCAGCGAAGGAAAAAAAAAUCAAAUCCCUGCGCAUUGAUCCGCGCCGUAUUUUUGGGUAAAUACGAUCACGUGGGGCGCGGCCGGCCAAUGGGAGGCGGGGAAAACGUUGAAAAAUAAUUACCUGCCUUGAUUGUUCUGGGGCAGAUAAAAAGUACAUAUACAGUUCAUACAAUAAUCUUAUGAAUGUAAAAGAGGCGCUGACGAUGUCGGCGACCGGGCCGAUAAGUAACUAUUAUGUCGACUCGCUGAUCGGCCACGAGGGCGACGAGCUGCUCGCCUCCCGGUUCCCGGCCCCCGGCGCGCACCCGGCGGCCGCCCGCCCCCCGGGUUUGGUCCCGGAGUGCUCGGAUUUCCCGUCCUGCAGCUUCGCCCCCAAGCCGGCCGUGUUCAGCACGUCUUGGGCGCCGGUGCCCACGCAGUCGUCGGUCGUGUACCACCCGUACACGCACCAGCCCCACAUCGGCGCCGACUCCAGGUACAUGCGGACGUGGUUGGAACCUCUCUCGGGAGCCGUCUCGUUCCCGGGCUUCGCGGCCGGCGGCCGCCCCUACGCGCUCAAGCCGGACGCCUACCCGGGCCGCCGGGCGGACUGCGGCCCUGGGGACGCGCGGGGCUACGCCGACUACAUGUACGGAUCCACCGGCGAGCUCCGGGAGCGGACCCCGCACGCCCUGCCCUCCCCCGAGUCGGACGCCCUGGCCGGCAGCAAACACAAAGAGGAGAAGACGGAUCUGGAUCCGAGUAACCCAGUGGCCAAUUGGAUCCACGCGAGAUCCACGCGGAAGAAGCGCUGCCCCUACACCAAGUAUCAGACUCUGGAACUGGAGAAGGAAUUUUUGUUCAAUAUGUAUUUAACCAGGGACCGACGGUACGAGGUGGCCCGGGUCCUGAACCUCACGGAACGCCAGGUCAAAAUCUGGUUUCAAAACCGGCGGAUGAAGAUGAAAAAAAUGAAUAAAGAAAAGAGCGAGAAGGAGCAGUCUUAGGCGCCUGGGGGGCCGGGGCCGGGCAGGGGUGGGGGCCGGCGCCGACCGAGAGGGCGAAGAAAUGCCCCCCCCCCCGCCUCCCUCCCCGACGGAGAAAGAGAGAGAGACAGAGAGACAGAGAGAGAGAGAGAGAGAGAGAGGAAAAGGAAAAAUUGUUUUUGAGUCUCAGUGUGCAGCAUUGGUGUUAGAGUUAGCGGGGGACGGCCGCGAGGCGAAGCGGCGACACAGCGGAGAAUCUUUUCCUUUUGUCCAAAGGGGGUUCAGCCUCCAUCCCCCCUCCUCCCCACCCAACCCCCGGAUCCAGUACUUGAACCAGUCCUAUCUAUUUUAUUUUAUUUUUAGUAUUUUAUUUAGUAACUUAAUCUGCCCCCGCGGCCCCGAGCUUGCCCUGCGUUUCGAUUUUGUACAGAACAGAGGGAAAGAGACAAAAGGGGGGUAUCGCCCUCCCGCUCCCCGCCGCCAGAGCAGGGCCGGGGCCGCCCCCCGACUCCCCGGGGGUUCCUGGGCCGGGGCUGGCCGGAUCCCCAGGCCCUAUCGUCCUGUGUCCUGUCGCGAUGUGUCGUAGUGGAACAGCUCUGUGUUAAUAUAUCGAAGUCACUUCCAAAACCAAAACACACACACACACAUACACAUACACACACACUCACAUAUACACACACAUACACACAAAAAACCCACAAAAAAAAUCCACGUAAAAGCAAGCCGUGGGACUGUCGUUAU